GACUUGAGGUGCCUUCUUGCGAACUGAGACUUCAAAGAAUGGCUUUCCACCUGGAGCACAAGCCCAGUUGCCUGUUUGAAUCCCCCCUCCCCCAAUAUGAUUUUUAUUGAAUUUCCAUUUAAAACAUACUGUAUUUACAAUUUCCGUUUGUCUCUAUACAUUGCAUUGAACAUUUAAAGUUUCCAUUUAUCUUUAUACAUUUCUUUUACACAUAAAAUUGGCUUCCAUUCUUCCUUCCACUGUCUUCCUAAUCUCAACUGUUUGUUUGAGUUUUUUAUACCCCGCCUUUUCUCCAAAGGGCUCAUGGCGGCCUCUAGAGCUCUCUGCUUUCCUAGCUACCAUCACAACAACCCUGUGAGGUGGGUCAGCUUGAGAGGCCGCCAACAGCCACAGGUCGCUCCCUGUUGAGUACUUUUGGUUUAGAUGGGGGCAUGAGACGCUUAAUCUCAGGGUCACAGGUUCGAGCCCCACGUGUGGCAAAAGAGUCCUAUGUUGCCGGGGGUUGGACUGGAUGACCCUUGGGGUCCCUUCCAGCUCUAGAAUUCAACCAUGUUGACAUGCAAGUUUGCUUCGCCUUCUUAUUCUUUUGCCAGGCACCAAUGCCUUACUUGUGUGCCAGUAAGUGAGUAAAUAGAAAGGAAAAAUAAAAAUCAAUGAACACGCUUCCCCAGAGCCCAAAGGCACGUUUUCCCCCCUCACAGAGGAACAGACUACAAAUUCCAGAAUCCUUUGGGCCUGGGAAAAGGGAAGAAGCGAAGGACUAGGGACAUCCCAGGCUGCCUGUUUCCUCUGGCCAGUCCCUAUUUGUGUGGGUCUUUUGCAGGAGGCGUCCUGCCAUCGCGAUCUCUGGGGUGCAAGGAGGUUUUGCAGUGGAGGCUGGAGGUCCAAGCAGGAAGGAGUCUUUGCAGGCAGAGGCGCCCUUCGGAAGCAGCUCUACACGGGUGAGUUUGCACGUGGCAUCGGGGAGGAAGGGGAGAUUCUCGAGAGCAGAAGGGAACUCUCUCACUUGUUUAUUCCUCAUUCAAAGCAUUGAAAUGAAAUGGUAAAAUGCAAAAUUUUGUAAAAUGCAAUGGUAACCAGAGAUAAAUGUGAAUACCUGUAUGAAACGCAGUAAUACUAGAUGAUAAAUACACACCAAGAAUGGAGUGCAGGAAACCACUUAAGCAAAAUGGUAUUUAAUACUAUAAAGCUUAUAAAAUAAUUGAUAUGAAAUGAAAUGAAAGCUUGCUGGUAGAUGGUGCAUAUUUUUAAUUAUAAAAUCUGGACAUUAAGAAAAAAAUCAGAUAACGUGAUUAUCCCCUUUUUAAAAAAGAAAAAAAGUCUGCAAUUGGGGUAUCCCCCGAAUUUGUUUAAGUGCUCCAAUAUGCCCUGUAUAUCAUGGGGAUUGGGGGAAGGAACCCUCAGAUCAACGGGCCAAAUGGGGGUCUAGCUGGACUCUGCACCCCCCACCCACCCAUACCAGCCCCAUCUCCCUAGGGUGCCUCAUCUCUGAGUCGGGUGCUUUUGCCUGGCUAGAAUGCUUGGAUGGAGGGGUGUGUGCAUGUAAAUAGACCUCUGGUUUCUGUGUGGCUUGAAUGUAUCCCACGGCUUGUGUGUAUUUUACUUCCUUGCAUUCAUACCCCACCAAUCCUGCCAGGAGCUCAAGGGAGUGUGCAUGGUUCCCCAUCUCCCCAUUUCUUCCUCACAACAACCCUUUGAGGUAGGCCAGGCUGAGAUAAUACAGUGACCGGCCCAAGGUCACCCAGUGGGCUUCAUGGCCGGGUGGGCAUUUGAACCCUGGCUUCCCAGGUCUCAGCACAGAGCUCUAACCAUUACACCAAAUUGCCACUCUGGACUAGCAGUGCUCCCUGGUAUUAGACGGAGGUCUAUUCCCAGCCUCUCUUAGAUAGAUCACAAAUUGAACCUGGGGAUAUCUGCUCUGCCAAUGAGCUAUGGCUGCUUUCCAAUUUCUUUUUUAUACAGUAAUUUUCUUCAUUAUUACAUUUUCAAAUAUUACACAUUCUUUUAAAAUACAAUUGUAGCUACUCUGUCAUAUCUGUUGACUUCCCAUACACCCUCCCAUGGUGUGUUUUUAUUCCUUUACAAAGCUGCAAUUUUACUUAUAUUACAUCCAUUCUGCACUUAACCACCCGGGGUCCUUUACCUUUAUUAUUAUUAUUAUUAUUAUUAACUAUAAUUUGUUAAACUACAAUUUCCUAUCUGCUGCUAUACUCCUGCCUUUGUUCUAAUCUAACAUAACCAUGAUCCCCCCAAAAAAAUAUUCCACAAAAUAUUUCCAUCUUAUUUUCUCAUUUUGUUAUCUAACUCUGGGUCCUCUGCAGCUAUCUCUUGCAACUUAUGAAGCUGCCAAGAACGGCCAUAGCUGAAGGGCAGGAUCCAUCCUUUUAAGGUAGAUCUUCCUGGGCUCAGUCCCCUUCAUUUUCUGUGAACAGAAUCAAGUUGCAGUUUGACCAAACUGCGGGAGGCAGUGGAAGACAGGAGUGCCUGGCGUGCUCUGGUCCAUGGGGUCAUGAAGAGUCGGACACGACUAAACGACUAAACAACAACAACAACAACAACAACAACAACACUGUUACAAGGUUACAGAAAUGAACAUGAAUUCCUCAGUCUGUAGCAGGGGCCCAAAGGUGCCCAAUUAAGGUGAUAAUGUAAAUCCCUAUAAAUCCUGGAAUAUGCUUAUAAUAGUGAAUUAUGGGAACUUGUUGCUUUAAGAAACUGAUGAUCUAGCAAGAUGCCGUUCUUUUACCAGAACAGAAGGUCAGCUAACACGCAAAUCACAAAGAUAUAAUUCAUAAGCUAGAACACAAAUUGUUACAUAGUACACGUAACACAGGUUCCCAACAUGCAUACUAUCUCACAAUGUAACAUAUUGAGAAUCAAAGGCCUAGCUAGCAAUCCUUGGCCUAGUUAGCAAUGCUUAUUGCGCAUGCGUAUUAGAUUAGUUAAUGAUAUACGUAUUAAAUAUGAAAUGAGAUAAUGAUGAAUAUUAAAAUAUUAAAUGAUGUAAUGCUUUAUGUGAUUGGUUAGAUCAAAAUCCUUUGUCUGAAAUGUUAUAAAUUUCUGCCCGACCUUUGGGCUGGGUUGCAGUUUUGCAAAAAGAUUCGACUGUAACCUUAUUGCUUUGCAAUAAACAAAAUGGACUCCUAACUCCUCUUGUCUCUUGAGUUUUAUUGGCUAACUCAGAAGAUAAGCCAUUUUUGGCUUACAACAAGUCCAGACCUGAACCUAUCCCCCCAACCCUCCAAAGUCCUACCCUCUGUAGCGACUACGCAGUCUUGUGUAGCUUCAGUCCUAAUCAGUCCUUCUCAAAUCGCAUGCAGGUUCCAUGCCAGUCGAUUCGGGUCGGGUCGGGUGAGGUCUGGUGGGUUGUUGUAAGUCUAAGAUGGUGGUGGGUUUUUUGUUAGCUGAUUUGAUCUUUUAAGUUCUUCUGCUUCCACUUCGUCGGUUUAAUGGUUUAAUGAUUUUCCUGCUGCCCCAUUAGCCCCACAGUCACAAGAACAAGCAUGAACAAGCCACUAGUCAGAUUCAGCAAUCUAUCCAAUAUGUCCGCUCCUCCCUUUAUACUGUUUAUUAAUUCUUUUUUGCCUUCAUUUCCAGGACUCCGUUCAGGAAUGUUAAUUUUUAUCACAGUCUUGCUUUAAUUUAAUUUUUCCGUUUCUUUUUUCUGCUCAGUAGAUUCCCCUCUGCCUCUCACUCACUCUGACUCCUACGAUUUCCUACCAAAGGAAAUAACUGCCAAAACCCCUGUGUUGAGCCUUAAACACAGUUAGGCUACGCCCCUGGGCUUUCUCAUUGGCCAGCCUAUUAACCCUUUCUCUCCCCCCCAGUACGACAUCUCCAUAAUGAGUGGGCAAACUCCACAGGAGGCCAUGCUGGAGAAUGAGGGGAACGUGGCCUCUCUGGCCCUGCUGCUUCCCAAGAUGAGCCUCAUCCCCAGCGCAGAGCAAGCAGAAGGGCCCAGGCUGCCACAAUAUGAGAUCUCAGACGGAACAGGGGCUGCCAUUUCGGACACCAGCUCAGCAAACUCAAGGAGGAAACACUUCUGCCCAGAGUGUGGCCGAUGCUUUGCCUUCAGAUUGGCUCUUGCUAGACACCAGAGAAUCCACACAGGAGAGAAGAUCCAGGAAAACUCUGAGCCUGGGGACUUUUUGGGUCAGAGUUUGGAGCUUGCAACCCAUCCAGGAAGCCCUAGGUCUUCAGAGUUCGGGAAGGUUCUUGCCCAUCAGCCUAUCGUUCUGAUCCAAAGAAACAUCCAUGCAGGAGGAGAUAACUCAUAUCGCUGCUUGGAGUGUGGGGAAGGUUUUUCCCAACUCUCAGAUUUUGUGAAACAUGAAGGAGGCCACAGAGGAGAGAAACCCCGUAAAUAUGGCGAGAGUAGGAACGGGUUCCCCAAGAGAUCGCAGCUUCGUGAACAGCGUAAAGUCCACACAGGAGAGAAGCCCCACAAAUGCAGUGUGUGUGGGUUAUGCUUUUCUGCUAGGUCACAACUUGUUACCCAUCAGCGAACCCACACUGGAGAAAAACCCUACGAAUGCCCGGAGUGUGGGAAAUCAUUUGCUCUAAAGUCAGUCCUUGUAAUCCAUCAGAGGCUCCACACAGGAGAGAAGCCCUAUGAAUGCUGGGAGUGUGGGAAAUGUUUUCCUCAAAAUGCACAGCUUUGGAGCCAUCGUUUGGUUCACACAGGGGAGAAACGGUAUAAAUGCUUGGAAUGUGGAAGAAGGUUUACUCAGCGUUCCUCACUUGUAAUCCAUCAGAGAACCCACACAGGAGAAAGGCCCCAUAAGUGCCAGGAGUGUGGAAAAUGUUUCCCCACAAAAGAAAAUCUCAGACGACACCAGAGAAUCCACACAGGAGAGAAGCCCUAUGAAUGUAGAGAGUGUGGGAAAUGUUUUUAUGAUAAAGAAUACCUUUUGAGGCAUCAGACUGUUCACACCGGAGAGAGGCCCCAUAAAUGUGUGGAGUGUGGGAAAAGCUUUAUUUCACCAUCAGAACUUUUAAUCCACCGGAGAAUCCACACAGGGGAGAAACCGUAUGAAUGUGUGGAGUGUGGGAGACGGUUUUCCCAGAAACAGCACCUCCGCAGACAUCAGAAGGUGCAUACGGGAGAGAAACCCUACAAAUGCAUGGAGUGUGGGAAAUGCUUUGCUGGCCUACCAGAGCUUCGUGUACAUGACAGGAUGCACACAGGAGUGAGGCCAUAUGAGUGUGGAGAAUGUGGAAAAUGCUUUUCUACUUCAUCAGGCCUUACUAGACAUAGGAGAGUCCACACAGGAGAAAAGCCGCAUAAAUGUUUAGACUGUGGAAUGUCGUUUACUUUAGCACAAAGCCUUAAGGGUCACCAGAGAAUACAUACAGGAGAGAAACCCUACAAAUGCUUGGAGUGUGGCAAAUGCUUUUCAAGGAAAGACACCCUUGUGAUCCAUCAGAGAUCCCACAGUGGAGAGAAACCUUACAAGUGCUUGGAGUGUGAGAUAUCAUUUUCUCAGAAGUCAAGCUUUGUGGUCCAUCAAAGGAUCCACACAGGAGAGAAACCUUACAAGUGCUUGGAGUGUGGGAAAUGUUUUCCUAAGUCAUCACAUCUUCGCAGUCACCAGAAAGUCCACACAGAAGGAGACCUUCCCAAUGUGUAGAGUGUAGGAAAUGUUUUUCACAGAGUGGAAACCUUCAAAGACUUCCUGGGGAAUAAAGAGCAUAUAAAUGUUGGGAAUGCGGGGAAUGUUUUGAUCAGCGGUCAGCCCUUGUGGAACACAAGAGUGUCCAUACAAAAAGGAGGAUGUAUACAUAUCAGGAUUGUGGGAAAUGCUUUGUAAAGAAAUGAAUCUUGUCAGUAGUACUGUACGGAGCAACCUUAUAUUUACUGAGCAAAAUAUCCUCUUCAAUUAUAUACCCAGCACAUGAAACCUUACAAAAGGACCAUACAAGUGGACUCUGCGUGGCCUGACGGCAGCAAAACGACUGAUACUGAUGAAUUGGAGAAAUAAAAAUGAAGCUCCCGUCUCUGAUUGGAUUGGAGACUUCUACAAACUCGCAACAUUUAAACAACUUACAUAUAAAUCCAAUCUUGCCAUGGAAAAGUUCAAUGAUAUUUUGGAUCCAUUUUUAGCAGGUUAAGGUCUGGUGAAGUACAAUAACAUCCUUGUAAAAUAUACAGUUUGGGGUUUUCCCUCUCCCCCCUUUAUUUUCCCCUCAACACAGUUUCUGUUUCUCUAUUUUUCUCUUUUAUUUACGUCUCACCAUAUUUAGUGCAAGUAUAAUUAAGUACUUUUUGAACUUUCAAUAAAGAUCUUUUUUAAAAGAAGAAACUUUGACUGCUUAUUUGGCUUCACUUGCUUUGCUUAAUUUAAUAAAAGCUUUCUUCCAAAGAGUACAUUGAGUUGGAGAUUUUUAAAAAAAUGUGUUUUAAGCCAUGAGGAAAAUAUUCUUGAAUAUUCUCCACCUCUGAAACAUCUUAUCUUCUGUCAUGGAGUAUGUGAAAAAUCCUACUUCCUUCCCCGUUAAAAAAAAAUUCAUUUAAUGAAAAUCAACGCAUUACAUACAAAACACUUCAAGUCAAAAAACAACAACAAUUCAGCCUAAUGCAAUCUCACCUUACAAAAGGGAAGUAAGAAAAAGAAAACAUUAAAGGAAGCAAAGAAGAAACCUAAUGAGUAAGACUGCUAACAUACUAAGUACGCUGAAGUUCGAAUUUCAAGGCAUCAUAAAGUAAAUAUUUUUACCGUUCUGUUUGAGGUUGGUUGGUUUUUUUGAAUGGUCCAACAGUGGACAACUUUCAGUAAAUAAGUAAAAUCUCCUUGGUUUUCAAAAGUGCCAGAAUCUGGUAACAACCUCAAUGGGGGCUGAAGGCAGUUUUACACUGGAAGUGAAUGAGGUUGCCCAGCAUCUCCCUCUUUUGCCUCCUGCUCUCUUGCGAACUGAGAGGGCAUUGCAGAGAAAGCAGCGUUUGGCCAGCUGCAGCUGCAGCCAAAAUGCUCUUAUUUUAAGCUCCGCUCUAACUAAUGUGUUGGGUGAGCCUUAGCCAGAAGGCAGGACACCCCUGUAGCAGCCCAGAUGCAUUUUCCCUAUCUUGCCUUUUCUCCAAGGGGCUCAUGGCGGCCUCUGGUGCUCUCCUUUUUCCUAGCUACCAUCACAACAACCCUGUGAGGUGGGUCAGCUUGAGAGGCCGCCAACAGCCACAGGUCGCUCCCUGAUCAGUACCUUUGGUUUAGAUGGGGGCAUGAGACUCUUAAUCUCGGGGUCACGGGGUUGAGCCCCACAUGAGGCAAAAGAGUCCUGCGUUGUGGGAGGUUGGACUGGAUGACCCUUGGGGCCCCUUCUAACUCUACAAUCCAACCAUGUUGACAUGCAAGUUUGUUUCAUCUUCUCAUUCUUUUUGCCGGGCACCAAUGCUUUACUGGUGUGCCAGUAAGUGAGUAAAUAGAAAGGAAAAAUAAAAAUAAAUGAGAACCCUUCCCCAGAACCCAAAGGCACAUUCCCCUCCCCUCACAGAGGAACAGACUACAAAUCCCGGAAUCCUUUGGGUCAGGGAAAAGGGAAGAAGCGAAAGACUUAGGACAUCGCAGGCUGCCUGUUUCCUCUGGCCAGUCCCCAUUUGUGUGGGUCCUUUGCAGGAGGCGUCUGGCCAUCGCGAUCUCUGGGGUGGAAAGAGGUUUUUCAGGGGAGGCUGAAAGUCCGAGCAGGAAGGAGUCUUUGCAGGCAGAGGCCACCUUCGGAAGCAGCUCUACGGAUUCGAAAGGGCCCUCCCUGCUGGACGUUGGCUGAAGAGCAAAGGAGGCCAUGCUGGAGAAUGAGGGGAACGUGGUCUCUCUGGCCCUGCUGCUUCCCAAGAUGAA